UGAGAGAGAAUAACAACUAAUAGAGAAGAUGGCAGAAGUAGCUCCAGCUCCGGCCCCAGCUGCAGCACCAGCGCCGGCUAAAGCCGCCAAGAAGAAGACCCCCAGACCGAAGAGGUCCGGCCCCAGCCUCGGUGAUCUCAUCGUUAAAACUGUGUCCGCAUCCAAGGAGAGAGGAGGCACGUCCGCUGCCGCCCUUAAGAAGGCUUUGGUUGCCGGCGGUUACGAUGUGGAGAAAAAUAAGGCCCGCGUCAAGACUGCAAUCAAAUCUCUGGUCGCCAAGGGUACUCUGGUUCAGGUCAAGGGAAUCGGGGCCUCUGGCUCCUUUAAGAUGAGUAAGACUGCCGCAGCUCCCAAGGAGAAGAAACCGGUAAAGAAAGCUGCCGCGAAAGCAAAGAAGCCCGCAGCCAAGAAAUCUACGGCGGCCAAAAAGCCCAAAGCAGCGGUUAAGAAGCCAGUAGCUGCGAAGAAAGCCCCCAAGAAUGCCAAGAAACCAACCAAGAGCCCCAAGAAGGCCGCGAAGGGCAACAAGAAGGUCACGCCAAAGAGUCCCAAGAAGGCUGCAAAGGGUCCAAAGAAGACUGCGAAGAGCCCCAAGAAGGCUGCAAAGAAGGCCCCUGUAGCCAAGAAAACGCCCGUAAAGAAGCAAACUAAGCCCAAAGCAAAGAAGGCUGCAGCCAAGAAGUGAGCUGGCAGCAGCUGCACACCUCCGACCUACCAAAGGCUCUUUUAAGAGCCACC